AUGAAGUAUACAACGAUGUUCUUCUUCUUAUCCCUCGGGAUUGCCUCAGGAUUUCCUGGGAUGGACACACUACUGAACGAUAUAAGACGCCGGCAAUCGACAACUGGAACAAGUGAGAUGAUUGGAGAUUUGACAGAUGGGGCCACAACCGCAGUUGGAAGACAAGUUCGAGAAUGUAUCACUGGUGUUGGAUCAUGCGAGAACCAAGAGGAAAAGAGCUAUGAUAGACCUGAUGAUCUGGGAGCCGCCCUCUGUCAGGCUGAUUCAUGUUGCGUCUGGGACUUUUUGCAACAAGAAUUGGUCGAGUUGUUUCGUAACAACGAUGGAACGUGCAAUAACCUUGCUCGAGCCUCUGUGAGACUCGGGUUUCAUGAUGCUGGGGCAUGGUCCAAAAGCAGCGGUACUGGUGGCGCAGAUGGCAGCUUGGUACUAAGUUCGGAUGAAAUCAAUCGACCAGAGAACAAUGGCCUCCAAGAGAUUCGAACUAAGGCAUUGCAGUUAUUGAACAAAUUUUCAAAACACGGUGUCAAUGCUGCUGACUUGGUGCAGUUCAUGCACAAUGUUGCCACUGUAACCUGCCCUCUGGGUCCUAGGUUGCUGACUUUGGUAGGACGUCAUGAUCGCCGAGAAGCGAACCCUAUGGGUCUUAUACCAAGCAACAACGCAUCGGAUGCAACAUUUCUCAUUGAUCUCUUUCAAAAUAAGACUUUUACAGCACGAGAUCUUGCCGCCUUACUUGGAGCGCACACCGUUGCUCGACAAUUAUAUGUCGAUCCUUCUAGAGCAGGCCAAACAUUCGAUUCUACGCCAGGAGUUUGGGAUAUGAAUUUCUACCGCGAAAUGGUAUUGCCUGAACCCCCUUCAGGCGUUUACCGGCUAGCAAAUGAUGAAGCACUUGCUCUGGCCGAUGGCACCUCCUCUCGUUUUACCGCAUUUACGGAUGUCACCUUCGGCCAGACGGUCUGGAACUCCGAGUAUUCAGCGGCAUAUAUCCUCAUCGCCAUCAUUUCCUUCAUCCACCGCCAGAUUGUCGUCGAUCGAAUCUAG